AUGUCUGAAGCCCCCAAGACUAUUGAGGAGACCCCCGCGGUCGUCCCUGCUGUUGAGACCGCCGUCGAGACUCCUGCUGAGACCACCGAGGCUCCCAAGGAGACUGCCGCUGAGCCUACCGAGGCCACUGCUACUCCCGCUGCUGAGGAGACCACCGAGGCUGCUGAGCCGGCCAAGGAGGAGGUGAAGCCCGCCAGCGAGGGAACUCUCGGCUACAAGGCCCCCGGUCUUGUCAAGGGAUUCCGUUUCGCCAAGCGCCACUUCUACUUCAGCGAGGAGGCUGUUGAGAGCAAGAACCUCUCCGUUUUCCACCAGAACGAGAAGCCCGCAGUCGCCAACCCCACCGCUGCCUGGGCCAGCCAGACUGGCAAGGGUCUUCUUUUCUUCACCAAGCGCGCUGAGGACAAGGCCACCCCCGCUGGCAUCUUCAACCUCGCCGAGGUCUCUGACGUGACCAAGGAGGGCUCCAGCGAGUUCCUCUUCAAGGUUGGUGGCCAGAAGCACACCUUCCAGGCUUCCAGUGCCGCUGAGCGUGACAGCUGGGUUGCCGCCAUCGAGGCCAAGUCCACCGAGGCCAAGGCCGAGAAGGAGACCAUCACCUCCAGCGAGGGCUACAAGGCUGAGCUCGAGAAGCUGACCAAGCCCGCCGUCGCUGUUGCCGCCGCCAAGAAGCCCGAGGAGAAGAAGGCUGAGGAGAAGAAGGAGGAUACCCCCGCUGAGGCUGCUGAGCCUGCCAAGGAGGAGCCCAAGGAAGAGAAGAAGGAAGAGAAGGCCGCUGCCAAGAGCCGCUCCCAGUCUCGCAAGCGCACCAGCAUCUUCGGUUCCCUUCUCGGAAAGAAGGACGCCGAGGAAAAGAAGGAGGAGAAGGUCGAGGACAAGAAGGAGGAGACUCCUGCUGCCGUUGAGGAGGCCAAGGUUGAGGAGCCUGCGACUGAGGUCGCUACUGAGACCCCUGUCGCUGCCACUACUGAGUCCACUGAGACUCCUGCUGAGGCUAUCGAGACCACCGAGGCUGUUGCCCCUGCUGAGGCCACUGAGGCCGUCAAGGAAGAGCCCAAGGAGGAGAAGAAAGAGGACAAGAAGGAAGAGAAGAAGUCCAAGCGCGCUUCCAUCUUCGGCAACUUCUUCCAGAAGGUCGCCAGCCCCUCCCAGGAGAAGACCGAGAAGGAGGCUACGGUCCCCGCUACUGAGGAGACCGCUGUCGCCAGCACUGCUCCCCAGCUCGAGAACCCCGUCGAGGAGGCGGCGGUCAAGCCCAUUGAGCCGGAGAGCGUGACUGCUCCCGCCGAGGCCGAGGCCCCCAAGGAGGCCGCUGCUGAGACUCCCACCGCUGAGGCCUCCACCCCCAAGGAGAAGCGCCGCACUUCUUUCUUCGGUAACCUGGGUAUGAAGAAGGAGAAGAAGGCCGACUCUGACAACGAGGGCACCGACGGUGAGACCAAGGAGACCAAGGCUAAGUCAAACAAGCUCGGCGGUCUCUUCCGCAAGCCCUCCAAGGCUGUCAAGCUCGACAAGGAGGAGGUUGCUGCCGCUGAGACUGAGGCCAAGACCGACAAGGCUGAGGAGACCCCCGCUGUCCCCGCCAAGGACACUGAGGAGACCCCGGCUGCUGUCGAGGAGGCCCCUAAGCCCGUCGAGGAGGCCACUGAGGAGGCCAAGAAUGUCAACGUCCCCGCAUCCACCCCCGUUCAGGCUGCUGCAUGA